AUCUUUUCUUAAAAGUAUACACAUCAUAACUUUCAAAAAGUAAUGUAUACACAUGAUAACUAUUUUGCAAAGCCACAUAUUUCUUCAUUAAAAAAUGAACUAUCCCCAUAUUAUUCUUUCUUUGUAAGAAUUAAACACAGGUGCCUGCCCGGCAGGCCGGGCCCAAAUGAAAGGUAAGUGGUAAAUUCCGUAGGAUUGAUCCCAAGACCCGACCCAGUUUGACCCGAGAGUCACCAUGGAAGAUACUGUUGUAAGUUUAGAACUACCACUACUCCGCCACUUCACAGUGAAAGUCAGUCACUCCUGCAAGAAUUUAAGGAGACUCUCUUGCCCUGGGUAUGCUCACUGUAGGGUUUUAGAGCAGACGGAGAGUGAGGGAAGGAAGGAGAGUGAUGAAAAAUGACUGCAAAACCCCAAACCUAAUCUACUGCUCUGCAUCUCUGCGCCAAUCGAGGCCGGGCACCAGGUAAACCCACUCAAACCCCUUUUCUCCAUUUCAUCUCUGAUCUACCCGUCUGUUAUCAUUCCCUUCUCCUCUUCUUGUGCUUCUCCUCCUCCUGCUUUCAUGGCGUGGGUUGUGUUUUCUUGUUUGCUAUAGGUUCCGCUGCGGAAUUUUGCUGUUUCUUGUUUGCGAGCCCUAUAACUCAUUCCUGCUGCAGGUUUGAAGUCCGAAAGCCUGGAUGUUAAUUCGCUUUCAAGUCGAUUGUUCUUCCAGUUCCAUCUUUAGGCCUUCAAAUACAUUUCGUAUGGGGUUAUGUUGGGUUCUACUUCAGUUGAUUAGGAGGAGGCAACUGAAGUUGGCGGGCACCGUGGGAAGUUUGUCCAUUGGAUUGGAGUUAAGGAACCCCUGAAAGGGUGUUUUAGACAAAUUUUAGCCCUCAAUCGUCAUAGUUAUGUAAUUAUGAUUACUUGAAUUGAAGGAAGAAGACUGGGCUCCGCAAUAGGCAUUGCUAUUCAGUUGACGACGAUCGAAAAAUCAUUUGCAUUAGCAUACGAAAAGAAUCCAUGUGCAUCCGGGGGAAUGGUCUUUCUGUUUGGAAAUGGUGAACUAGGGUGGAGAGUGGAAAAAUAUGGAGUUUCUGGCAUCUGGUCACCUUUAUGGAAGUCAUCAUCUUUUAUCUUUUGCAAAGUUAGUUUCUCUAGUCUAGUGUUGUCUCUCAGGGAGUUUCUGUAAUCUGUUUUUCUAACUCUUUGUUUCAAUUUUUAUCCGAAGAAGCUAUUGCUGUCUCGCACUUUGAUAUGCCAAUAAAUUUCUGAAUUUUGUACAUCUUUCUGUCUUCUUUGUAUUGCUAGUUUGCCAUAAUAUUGCUCUGACUUAAUAUAGUGCUUUGUAGGUGUAUGUACUGAAGACCUUGAACUGUCACUAGAGUAUCAUGCAUGCUAUAAAGGGUGGUUGGGUUGGCCAGACGUUUGCCCUAUCCAAGUCCAAUGAGUCUGGAGGGAGGAAGUCUCGCAUCCGCCGUUCAAAGGAGGAAAGGAAGGGCAUGGUUGAAUUGUUUAUAAAGAAGUAUCAGAGUUUAAACAAUGGCAACUUUCCUUCUCUUAACCUCACCCACAAGGAAGUUGGUGGGUCAUUCUACACUGUUCGUGAGAUUGUUCGAGAAAUAAUCCAGGAAAAUCGUGUAUUGGGCCCUGCUAAGUUUUUGCCUGAGGAGCAAGACUUUCAUGAGUGGUCAGAGCAGUAUCCCCUGGGCACAAUAUCCACAGAACCUCAGCCUUCUUCUGCUUGGUUGCCUAACGGAACUACAGUACCGACUGAUCAACGCCCUAGUUCACUUGAAGAAUUUUCUUUCAGUUGUCGUGGGCGUGCUGAAAUUAAUGACGACACUGCUGAAACUGGGCAAAUAAUUAAUGCAAAUUUUGAAGUUGUCGGGAGUGCAGAAUCUGAUCAACAGAUGGUCAACGAGUUGCACAUAACCGACAAUGAAGUGGCUUCAAUUGAAAGCAUAUUGGUACCUACUGAUGCUUCAAUAGACAAUCACGGUGUUAAAACAGUUUCUGUUGAGGUCCAAGCAGGUGGGUUAUUGGAAAACAAGUCAAGUUCCAACGUAGUAGGGUAUGCACUCCAGGACAAUCUACAGUUGGAAGUUGGAGAAUCACAUGAACAAAUGAACGCUGCAGUAGAAAUUCAAGCAAUAGGAACAGAGAAAAAUGCCAGUGUGGCGGAUGCAGUGACAGAUGCCCCUGCUUUAGAAGUUGAAGAAUCUGACCAAGGGGUGCCAAGAGAAGUUCAAGCAUUGGAAACAGAGAAAAGUGCUGAAGAAGUGCCUGAUACAGUUUUACUCGGCCCCUCCUUGGAAGUGGAAGAAUUUAAGGAACAAAUCCAUGCUAAACUCCAGGUGAAGGUACCAGGGAAAAGUGCCAAAGAAGAAGUGGAACCAUCUAGGGCAAAAGUCUUUGAAAUAGAAGAUGUCGUGGUGGAAACAUUUCCUUUACCCACUGUUUCAAGAAUUGAUGGUAAUGCGAACUCCGUAAAUGGUUCCAUUAGAACAUCGAAAGAAAAUGAUGUUGGAGAUGAUAAAGAUGACUAUCAAAACAGUUCUUUGUUGGAAAGGAAAUCCACUGGAGCAAACGAACAAGAGAGCAAAAUUCCAGUUGGUGCGUCGUCAGUGGUUGGAUCCGAACUAAAUACCAUCAAGGAAGGCAUCGUGCAUGAUAGGAAACUUGGUGUUGAUGUGAAACCAAAGUUAUCAAAUGACCAGGCAUCAACUGUCAUGAACCGAGGCAAAAACGCAGCUCCAAAUGCAACUUCCGCCAGUGCUGCUGGCCACCAGGGGUCAGAUAUCCAGGCCAGCGUUUCAGGCAAUAAAGCAAAUGUUGGGAGAAGCAAAAACUCCCAAAAGAGAGGAGAUCCAGCACUAGAUAGAAUCAACAUGUCAUGGCAACGGUCGUCUAGGGUUCCUCCACAGUCGGAAACCAACCCGCUUUGGGCUGCUUUUCAAGCGUUCGUCACCGCCUUUGUUAAAUUCUGGUCAGAAUAACAAUGGCGUCCUCCUGUGGCUGUGCUUUAGAUGCUAGAGUUGGGUUUUGCCCCUUAUAGAGUCUCCUACUUUUUUUGGGUAGAAGGGUGUUUGGUUUCUCUUUGAGGAUAGAAUUGUGGUUUCUGGUUCUGCUCCUGAUGUGAAAGAAUGUGAUUGUCUGCUCUGCAUGCCUCUCUAGUGAUCUGGUCCGCUAUCCUGAUGACGAUGAUGAUGAUGAACACUGCCUAUUUUUCGUUUCGAUCUUAGCCACUGGUUUUGGUAGUUUUAUGAGUAUUAUGGUCCAUGAGAAACUUACAUUAUCCGAAACGGAUUUGCGGACUGGAAAUGAGAAAAGAAAACAGGCCCAAGCAUUACUGUUUGUAAAGCAACAUGGUUUAACGUCUGGCCCUUUGGACGAAAGCAAAGUUGUCUUAAAACUAUGCAUGCAUAGAACUUUGCUGGUACCAUGAGCUUGCCUGGUAGAGAAGCUAAUGCGAGCUUAUGGGAGUUUGAAGAACACUUAUAACGCCAUCGAAUGGCCAUGGUUUUGGUAGCUGGAGCUUUACGACAUCAACAUCAGCCAACAUCUUCUACAAGUCGGGGCAGCAGGAAAACACAUGAAUCUUGAAAGCAAGCAUGACCACCAACGUUUGACGAGAGGUUACUUCAAUCCAAAUCCAACAUACAAUGAUUGAAUGUUCAAAGAAAUGUUUUAUGAUACCAUCGAGAUUAUUCAGUAGCGUUAUGACUCGGGUUGUUGAUAUGUCCUGCUUCACAUUAAAAAGAUCCAUUUUUUAGAAAAACGUCCCUCUUAGCACACCAAAUGUUUGUGAUUUCCAUCGUAUGCUUGUAAAUGAACGCUCGACUGAUUUGCUUAACGACUAUUAUCCGAUGGGAAAGAGACCACAACCUUGGAAUGCUUGACAAUAUAUUUGAGGAAAAAAUUUCCACAUCCUACUUGAUAAGACUUCUACUCGCAAAUUGGUAUGCAUGGGGAAUGGAGGAAUAUUUGUCCAACCUCUUCAGUUGACCUGCGAAUUGACAUUAUUUCAGUGGCAAGCUAAAUUGGGUUGUAAUGUAAGCAUGUGCUCCCAAAUUGGGAUGAAUGUGGGAGGGGAAAACUUCAUGUGGCAAAGUAUAAUGUAACAUGACCCAGUGUUUUUGCACUGAAACAAAGAACUUUAUAAAGAAGAAGGAAAUGGGUGGCAACUGGCAAGCAAAGCAAUAAUAAUAGACUAAAAUAGAUAUACAGUAACUGAAAAGGGUAAGGUGGGAAAGUAAAUAAAUCGGUUUAGAAAUGCGUGAUGAGAACUUGGUACCUGAGUCCCCUGAAUCCUGACUGACUUUGGGAUUGAUUAGAUCUCAACUCUGAUGUCUUGUUUUGGCCUCCAGGGACCCUUUCCUUUAUUAUUAUUAUUAAUAGUUAUUAAUAUUAUUAUCAUCAUCAUCAUUAUCAUUUUUUUUUAUCGAAUCAACAUCAUUAUCAUUUAACUAUCAUAUUAAGCAGCUUCCGGAAAAGGGAGAAAAAAAAGCAGCUCGUGAAAAUGGAAUAUAUUAAUAAUAAUAUAGCUCUGGCCUAUGGGUACCCACCCAUGGGCACCCAACCACGCUCAUAUAAUUAAAUUUUUCGGUAUAUUUAAUAUUUAAUCAAUAUAUCUUCCUUAAACAACUAAUUUUUUUUUAUGUUUGUGGAGACAUGUCUAAUUUGUUGUGUAGAAUGAAGUUGAUGAUUAUGGAAUGGAGAGUGAAGAAGCUUAGUUGACAAGGAGGAAGAAGCUUUCAAUUAAUCAUUUUGUUUUAUAGAUGUUUAUCUUUUAAUUUUGAACAAUUUGUAUUGAUAAUUUGUGGUUUACUUAUAUGCUCUAGAUUAGUGUUUUUUUGUAUGGAUAAUUAGUACGAGAAAAUUUAUGUUAGACUUUUAUUUUGAAAGAAACUUGUUAUUGUAAA